GGAGACCAACAGACAAUGGUUUCCAGUGACACCCUUUUUGGGAUCUUCCUCAGCAUUCAGACUGCUGCUGGUUUCUUGGGGAAUGGCUUGCUGUUUACAUUCUACAUGUACACCCUCUUAAUUCUCCCUCGUCAGAAGAAGCCUGCCGAUGGGAUCCUUGCGCACCUGACUUUGGCUAAUGCCCUGACCCUCGUAUUCAGAGGGGUUCCACAUAUAAUCCUUUCAUUUGGAAUUAGGCCUGCAUUAGAUGAUAUUGGGUGUAAAACAGUGCUCUAUGUUCAGAGAGUUACCCGAUGUAUUUCUUUGAACACAACCUCCCUCCAGAGUACAUUUCAGGCAGUGACUAUAGCUCCAAGGAAUUAUAAAUGGUCCUGGCUCAAAAAGAAAAUCUCUACACUCAUUCAGCCGUCUUUAGCUUUAUUCUGGGUCAUCAACAUGGUCCUCUAUUCUGAGGUUAUUGUAAACAUUGUGGCCCGGGGGAAUGUCACUGAUGCUACAUGUGGGUAUUAUACUCAGAUUUGUAAAUACACGUCAUGUGAUGACCAGGUAGUGGUAACAAUUCUCAGUACAAUGUUCAUUCAGGAUUUGUUCUUUUUGUUCCUAAUGGCAUGGAAUAGUGUCUACAUGAUGACUGUCCUUUCCAGACACCACAAGACAGCUCAGCAUGUCCGCAGUCGCACCUCGUCAUCCCGAAGCUCCCCUGAACACAAAGCGACCCACAUUGUUCUCAUACUGGUUUGCUGCUUUGUCUUCUGUCACUGGAGCAACAUCUUUCUUAUCAUGUAUACAGAGCUAAUAGGUACGAGAAGCUGGCAGCUGGAGAACGUUAAUAACUUUAUUUCAUCAUUUUACCCGACCAUUGUCCCAUUCGUCCUGAUUAAAAAUGAGAAUAGAAUUUCCAGAAUGAAUUUCAUCAGUACAAGAAGCAGAGUUUUUUCUCCGUAAAGAACAUUAAAUGAUUAUAUCAACCACCCACCACAGCGCAUCCGUCUUCACCACAAGGCAUCCAGUGCCACAUGCUUAUCAAUGGU